AUGUCAAAGAAACUAGGAGAAAGGCCGUUGGCGGCACUGCACGCCGGAUCGCAAGCCUUCAAGCCUCUGAUCCCCACAGCACUGUUGCCAUACAUCGCUUUCAUCCUCCUUUCAUCACUCUUCUUGUCAGCAUUCUACUUCACAACACUGCCAAAGCAAAGACUCACAUCAAAGGAGAUCAUUGUUGGUGUCGCUGCAAGUCUGCAGGCAGGCUUUGGCGUCGUGGCUCUCUUCAACGCUGUCGGCGUCUAUGUAUGA